AUGUCGCGCCACGCCCAAGUCGAAGAGCUGUCUGACUCCGACCCCGAUGAAGUCGCUCCCUCUGAUGAUGAGCUGACCGGAAACGAGGUCAUUGCCCCGGCCGGGCAGCCAGCACCACGGCCCUCUGCGCCAAACCUAACCCCGUCCAUGGCCCAGAUGGCCCAGCAGAUGGCUCAGAUGCAAGAACCCCAGCGCGAGAUCCCGCGACACUUCCAAUGCCUUUACCCCGUCUACUUCGACAAGAGCCGCACCCGUGCGGAGGGCCGCAAGGUCGGUUCGAACCUCGCAGUCGAGAAUCCACUGGCUCGCGACAUCGUGGACGCAGUCCAGAUCCUGGGGCUGAAGGCAGGCCUCGAGCCAGAAAAGCUGCACCCCAAAGACUGGGCCAACCCCGGGCGCGUAAGAGUGCUUCUGAAGGAUGAGGAUGGCAAAUUGGUCAAUCCCAAGAUUAAGAACAAGCACCAUCUUUACAUCCUUGUCGCCGAAUACCUGAAAGCCCACCCCACCGAUAGCAAAUCCCCAUACCGUCUCCACAUCCGUGGGUUGCCCAUGCCUGAGAAACUUCCCGAUGCGCCUCCAGCGCCACGUGGGUGGAAGAUUGGCACUAUCCUUCCCAUCCACUCACCUGCCUAUAGCGGCGGGGGCGUGAGCGAUAAUCCUUUCAAGGAAGCCAUGGCGGAAAUGCAAAACAUGCAAGGCAUGCCCGGAAUGCCCUCUAUGCCCGGAAUGCCGGGUAUGCCAGGUUUGUCGGGCGAGCCCUCUGGGGGUGGCGCAGAUAAGAAAAAGAAGGACAAAAAGAAGGGCAAGGCUUGA